CGCUGCGCGAGAGGAACGCGCUCAUGUUCAACAACGAGCUCAUGGCCGACGUCCACUUCGUCGUGGGGCCCCCUGGAACGGCCCGGCGGGUGCCUGCCCACAAGUACGUGCUGGCGGUCGGCAGCUCCGUCUUCUACGCGAUGUUCUAUGGGGAUCUUGCGGAAGUCAAGUCUGAAAUCCACAUUCCGGACGUGGAGCCUGCCGCAUUCCUGGUCUUGCUAAAGUACAUGUAUAGUGACGAGAUCGAUCUUGAGGCCGACACGGUGCUGGCUACUCUGUAUGCUGCCAAGAAGUACAUUGUGCCUGCCCUGGCAAAAGCCUGCGUCAAUUUUCUGGAGACAAGUCUGGAAGCAAAAAACGCCUGUGUCCUCCUGUCUCAGAGCCGGCUGUUUGAGGAGCCAGAGUUGACCCAGCGAUGCUGGGAGGUCAUUGAUGCACAGGCUGAGAUGGCCCUGCGGUCUGAAGGCUUCUGUGAGAUUGACCGGCAGACACUGGAGAUCAUUGUGGCUCGGGAGGCCCUCAACACCAAGGAGGCAGUGGUCUUUGAGGCUGUCCUGAACUGGGCUGAGGCGGAGUGCAAAAGGCAGGGUCUGCCAGUCACUCCACACAAUAAGAGGCACGUUUUGGGGCAAGCCCUCUAUUUGGUCCGAAUUCCAACCAUGACUCUGGAAGAGUUUGCCAAUGGUGCCGCCCAGUCAGACAUCCUGACACUGGAAGAGACCCACAACAUUUUCUUGUGGUAUACUGCUGCCAACAAGCCCCUCCUUGACUUCCCCCUGACCAAGAGGAAAGGUCUUGCCCCUCAGAGGUGCCACCGCUUCCAGUCUUCUGCCUACCGAAGCAACCAGUGGCGGUACCGUGGGCGCUGUGACAGCAUCCAGUUUGCUGUAGACAGAAGGGUGUUUAUCGCUGGGCUGGGCCUGUAUGGGUCCAGCUCUGGGAAAGCGGAAUACAGUGUGAAGAUUGAACUCAAGCGGCUGGGGAUGGUCCUGGCUCAAAAUCUGACCAAGUUUGUGUCAGAUGGAUCCAGUAACACCUUCCCAGUCUGGUUUGAGCAUCCGGUCCAGGUUGAGCAGGAUACCUUCUACACAGCCAGUGCUGUCCUGGAUGGCAGCGAGCUCAGCUACUUUGGGCAGGAGGGGAUGACAGAAGUGCAGUGCGGUAAAGUGGCCUUCCAAUUCCAGUGUUCCUCGGACAGCACCAACGGGACCGGAGUCCAAGGCGGGCAGAUCCCAGAACUUAUCUUCUACGCCUGAGGAUAAAGGGCCACGGAGAGUACACCAUCUGGCCCUUUCUCUGUCAGAAGCCACCCAGUAAGUUCAGGGGAGGUAUGGGACACUGUUGCCUGCCUCAUUGUAUCAGCUUGAAUACGUGAACAGGCACCUUUUCCAUACAGUCAGAGCCUGUGGCUGAGGUCUGGUGUUUCCUAUUCUUGGGGCAAAUGCCUCAGGUGGGGAGGUAGAAUUGAGACCCAACAAAGGCUCCAGAUUCCUGCCCAGUGGCAACCAAGCUUUGGGCACUUGGAUGGUCCCUCUCAGCCUUUUGGAUUCCAAGUAGUUGUAAGCUUGCCUUGAGACCCUCCCUUCAAUUAAAAAUCACUGAAAAGUCACUUAGAAUAGUUUACCUAUUUAAGUGGAUUUUCAUAAUAAAGGUUUUGCAAAACAAGAUCCAUGUAUAGAUAAGUGGCUAUAGAAACCAUAUGCUGGGGCACUCUGUCCAAAAGCCGCUGUCAUGGGAAGAAGAUCCAGAUCACAUCCCAUGAGCAUUUUGUUGCCAUCUUCCCAUCAGGAAUGUUGUUAACUGAUAUUUGAUGUCCCUCUCUGGGAAUUGCCUCAGGUACAAAGAGCUGUCUUGACCAAGGUUAUCCCCCUUUCUGGAGAAGCUGACACCCAAAAACUGGUCAAAGGAUAAAAAGGUCCAAUAUCUCAUCCCAUUUCUGAAGGACCAUCACUGCUCUGUUAUUAGCUGAACUGAGAUGUUACUGUGGCUGUUCUGCAACCUACCUUUUCUAUCUUCCCUGCUGAUCAGUGCUGAGUGGUUAGAAAGAAUCUGCAUCCCAGGGGAGCCCAUGUGUCCCCUAGGCCCAUGUGGGAUCUAGGCUGUAGCCAGGUGUACUCCCCAAAAGUAUCACUGGCACUUCAGUCUUAAGGGCUGGAGUACACUGUGGGUGAAAUACUUUCAGGCCCCCAGCCUGUCUUCUCAGGUGUGCACUCCAUGGCUCUUUGCUUUGUCCUGGAAAAAUCUUAGCUUGACCUCCAGAGAGAGAGAAGGAUGACCACACUGGUAGUAACCCAGGAAUAGGCUCUCAGCUGCUCCACCCUGGCCCAGGUGGUGCCUCUUGACUACCAGGAGGACAGCUCCAGAUACCGACAGUCACUAGUAAGAAAGGGCCCUCUAGGCCAGCUACAAAAACCAGUAUUGUAAAACUCAACACCCAUCUGCAGAAGCUGCCUCAUCCCUGUCUGUCAGCAAGUCCUGCCUGCCUUAAGGGGCCUGGUGGCUUAUUUGUGUUUCUCAAUUCCUUUUGAACAAAACAGGCUCUCAACUCCAAGUGUUAUGCCCAUCUUCCCCUAUCUAUACCAGUGAGCACCAGCAAUGGAUCUUCUGGUUUUUACCAGAAAAGAAGCCCCACCCAGGUAGGCUCCAAGAAGAUUCCAAGUGUUUCUUGCCUUGGAGUUAUGCUGAUGUGCCAUCCCUCCCACUCUAGCACCUUGGAAUACUGAUUUCCAGAGGCCCAGUGGCACCCUGCCCCCACCUGGCAUACCUAUAGCUGGUGCG